CUGCUCGGUUAGGACCUCGGAGAGCGCCUGGCGCCGCGACCUGAGGGAUCGGAGAAGCGGCCCCAGCUCGGCCGGACCAACGCCUGCGAGCUCACCGCCCUACACGCCUUCAGCUUCCCGGGCUGGCAGGCGGCUAGUGGCGUCUGAGGAAGGUGCCUAGUCCUGGGUCAGAUAUUCAUCGUGCAGGGACGCCACGGCCGUCCAGCCGCGGCUGGCUCACACCUUGUUUAAAAUGAAGAAGUUUAAUUUCCGAAAAGUUUUGGAUGGCUUAACUGCCUCCUCCCCUGGCAGUGGUAGCAGCAGUGGCAGUAACAGUGGUGGUGGGGCUGGAAGUGGUUCCCUGCAUCCAGGAGCAACUGCAGGGAUUCUUAGAGAGGAGAUUCAGGAGACCCUGACUUCAGAGUAUUUCCAAAUUUGCAAGACUGUUCGGCAUGGUUUUCCUUAUCAGCCCACUUCGUUGGCCUUUGAUCCAGUUCAGAAAAUCUUAGCUAUUGGGACAAGGACAGGUGCUAUACGAAUACUUGGGAGACCUGGUGUUGAUUGUUAUUGCCAACAUGAAAGUGGUGCAGCUGUCUUGCAGCUACAAUUCUUGAUCAAUGAGGGUGCUUUGGUCAGUGCAAGUUCAGAUGAUACACUUCAUUUGUGGAACCUUAGACAAAAAAGACCAGCUAUUCUUCAUUCUCUUAAAUUUAACCGAGAACGAAUUACUUACUGUCAUCUACCUUUCCAGAGUAAGUGGCUCUAUGUUGGAACAGAAAGAGGAAAUACACAUAUUGUAAAUAUUGAAUCUUUCAUUCUUUCUGGAUAUGUUAUCAUGUGGAACAAGGCAAUUGAAUUGUCCACCAAGACUCAUCCAGGUCCUGUUGUACAUUUAAGUGAUAGCCCAAGAGAUGAAGGCAAACUGCUAAUAGGUUAUGAAAAUGGUACUGUAGUAUUCUGGGACUUGAAAUCUAAAAGAGCAGAACUGAGAGUUUAUUAUGAUGAGGCAAUUCAUUCAAUUGAUUGGCAUCAUGAGGGCAAACAGUUCAUGUGCAGCCAUUCAGACGGUAGCUUGACCUUAUGGAACCUGAAAAGUCCAAGUCGUCCUUUCCAGACCACAAUUCCACAUGGAAAAAGUCAAAGAGAAGGAAGAAAAUCUGAAUCUUGUAAACCAAUUCUUAAAGUAGAAUACAAGACCUGCAGAAACAGUGAACCAUUCAUAAUAUUCUCUGGUGGGCUGUCCUAUGACAAAGCUUGCAGAAGACCAAGUUUAACCAUCAUGCAUGGAAAAGCAAUUACAGUACUUGAAAUGGAUCAUCCUAUUGUUGAAUUUCUAACUUUAUGUGAAACACCCUAUCCAAAUGAAUUUCAAGAACCCUAUGCUGUCGUCGUACUUCUGGAGAAAGAUCUCAUUGUAGUUGAUCUGACACAAAGCAAUUUUCCUAUCUUUGAAAAUCCAUAUCCCAUGGACAUUCAUGAAUCACCAGUUACAUGCACAGCAUAUUUUGCCGAUUGCCCUCCAGACUUGAUUUUAGUACUGUAUUCUAUAGGAGUCAAGCAUAAAAAACAAGGAUACAGUAAUAAGGAGUGGCCAAUCAGUGGAGGAGCUUGGAACCUUGGAGCACAAACAUAUCCAGAAAUUAUUGUCACUGGUCAUGCAGAUGGAUCAAUAAAAUUUUGGGAUGCUUCUGCAAUAACUCUGCAGAUGUUGUACAAGCUAAAAACUUCAAAAGUCUUUGAAAAACAGAAGGCAGGAGAAGGCAAACAAACAUGUGAAAUUGUAGAGGAAGAUCCAUAUGCCAUUCAGAUGAUUUACUGGUGUCCAGAGAGCAGAAUAUUUUGUGUAUCAGGAGUCUCUGCCUAUGUCAUAAUUUAUAAAUUCAGCAGACAUGAAAUUACAACAGAAAUAGUGUCAUUAGAGGUACGACUUCAGUAUGAUGUGGAAGAUAUUAUUACUCCUGAACCAGAAACAAGUCCUCCAUUUCCAGAUCUCUCAACCCAGCUUCCUCCUUCAAGGAGUCUUUCAGGGAGCACUAACACCGUGGCUAGCGAAGGAGUCACAAAGGACAGUAUCCCAUGCCUCAACGUUAAGACACGACCAGUUCGAAUGCCUCCAGGAUAUCAAGCAGAACUUGUUAUUCAGUUGGUGUGGGUAGAUGGUGAGCCUCCUCAACAGAUUACUAGUCUUGCUGUAAACUCAGCAUAUGGAAUAGUUGCCUUUGGAAACUGCAAUGGGUUGGCUGUGGUGGAUUUUAUACAGAAGACAGUUCUGUUAAGCAUGGGGACCAUUGACCUUUAUAGAUCAAGUGACCUAUAUCAGAGACAACCACGUUCUCCUCGAAAGAACAAGCAGAUCAUUGCAGACAACUUUUGCAUGCGUGGCCUGUCUAACUUUUAUCCUGAUUUAACGAAACGGAUCCGUACUUCUUAUCAGAGUUUAACUGAAUUGAAUGAUAGUCCAGUUCCACCGGAACUUGAGCGUUGCAAGUCUCCCACUUCAGGACUUGCUACCAGAACUCCUGAGGCAGCAGCAGGCUUUUAUAGGAAUGAAAUACCAGCUGUGAGACAGAGGAAUCAAGUACAUCACUUGCCAGGUGAAGACCAUGUAAAUGGACAUUGCACAAGUCCAACCUCUCAGAGUUGCAGUUCUGGAAAACGUCUUUCUAGUGCUGAUGUUUCAAAAAUAAAUCGCUGGGGUCCUGCAAGACCCCCAUUUCGAAAGGCUCAGUCAGCUGCUUGCAUGGAGAUUUCUUUACCAGUUACAACAGAAGAAAACCGAGAGAAUUCAUAUAAUCGUUCCAGAAGCUCUAGUAUCUCCAGUAUUGACAAAGAUUCUAAAGAAGCAAUUACAGCUUUAUACUUCAUGGAAUCCUUCGCACGGAAAAAUGACUCUACUGUCUCUCCUUGUCUGUUUGUUGGAACCAGUCUUGGAAUGGUAUUAAUCAUCUCCCUAAACCUACCAUCAGCAGAUGAACAGAGGUUUAUAGAGCCGGUUGUGGUAUUGUCAAGUGGUACAUUCCUCUCAUUGAAAGGAGCUGUACUAACAUUUUCCUGUAUGGACCGAACUGGCGGAUUAAUGCAACCGCCAUAUGAAGUUUGGAGGGAUCCAAAUACCAUAGAUGAAAAUGAAAAAACUUGGAGAAGGAAAUUGGUCAUGAACUACUCCUCUUCAUCCCAAGAAAUAGGAGAUCAUCAGUAUACAAUAAUUUGCUCAGAAAAACAAGCCAAAGUCUUCUCACUGCCUUCUCAGACUUGCCUUUAUGUUCAUAACAUCACCGAGACAUCUUUUAUACUGCAAGCAAAUGUGGUGGUCAUGUGCAACAGUGCCUGCUUGGCAUGCUUUUGUGCUAAUGGGCAUAUCAUGAUAAUGAGCCUACCUAGUCUUCGCCCAAUGUUGGAUGUUAAUUAUUUGCCACUGACAGACAUGAGGAUAGCACGGACAUUUUGUUUUACCAAUGAAGGACAGGCUUUGUAUCUUGUCUCUCCUACUGAAAUUCAGCGGUUAACAUACAGCCAGGAAAUGUGUGAUAAUCUACAGGACAUGCUAGGAGAUUUGUUUACUCCUAUAGAGACACCAGAAGCUCAGAAUAGAGGCUUUCUUAAGGGACUGUUCAGUGGAAGUGGACAAACAUUUGACAGAGAAGAGCUCUUUGGGGAAGCUACAGCAGGAAAAGCUUCUCGCAGCCUUGCACAGCACAUUCCUGGACCAGGUGGUAUAGAAGGGAUGAAAGGCGCUGCUGGAGGUGUCAUGGGAGAGCUGACCCGCGCCCGGAUUGCACUUGAUGAGAGAGGACAGAGACUAGGAGAGCUGGAAGAGAAGACUGCAGGCAUGAUGACCAGCGCAGAAGCAUUUUCCAAACAUGCACACGAGUUAAUGCUGAAAUAUAAGGAUAAGAAAUGGUACCAAUUCUGAACUCCUUAAGAAGAGCUGUGCCUGCUUUGAGAAACCAUUAUUCAGGGAAACCAAAUUUAUUCCCAGCAUCACUAUUCAACUGCUAGAAGCCAGUUUCUUCUAUAAAAUGUUCCAUCACAAUCCAUCUGAAGUUAUCAUAAAGGAGAUUUAUCAAAGACGCUGUACAACCCAAAGACUGGAACCCUGGUUAAAAAUCCCAAGAUAAUGGCUGAAUUUGUCUUUUCCCAUGUGGAAUGGAGCUAUCAUCUUAGCAUGUAAUUUGCUAAGGAUUUACAUUUAGGAACUGCGGGAAGUCCUUUUGAUUUGAAAAUUCCUGUACAAACAAAAGCAUUAAUGCACUUAAUGAAAAAAAAUCUUUGCAUGAUAAAUUAACAUCUUAAGAGGAAAAGAAAAAAAAGCAUGUUGUGACAGAAGAAAAAAAGAAUUAUGGUAAACUAUUUUUAUAAAUUGGGCCACACCCAACAAUUUAAAAGUCUGCAUUAGAAGACAUCAAUGCAUUUCAAGUAUAUUUGCCAUACCCAACUGAAAAGGAAAACAAUAACCCAGAGUUCUCAUCUGUAAUUUUCAUUUUACUAGGACAUUAUUGAAUUCUAUGACAGGUAUCUGAUUAACAUUUUUCUCCCUCUUAGUAUUUUACAUCAUUCACAAUUAUUAGUCAUAAUCAAGUAUUAUCAGUCUAGUAAAUUAUUCCCAACACAAUUAUUUCCAUUUCUGUCACCUUCAGAAUGGGUUGCUAUUUUUAGUCAUAAACCAUAUAGGGUUGGGUUUCCUUAAAGCAUUUUUUUUUUCAGCCUGACUUGUACUCUGCAGAGGAGUAGAUGACAGGUUUAGGGAAUAGACUGUGGGACAAUGCAGUUAGCUUUGAGAACUGAUUUCACAAAGAGUAAAAUCUCACACACUCCAAUUUCAGUUUCUAAAGUGAUAUAUUUUUAAAGCUCCAUUUGUAUCCUUGUCUGUCAGUUACACAGUAUAUUACUGUUCAAACCCAGUAGGGUCUACAAUCCAAGGUGCUUUUGCAGCCUGACUUUCACAGACCAAACUGGUCAUUCUCGUUAGUGUGAUUCAGUAAAACCUCAGUUAAUGUUUUGAGAAAGGGAUUCUGAUUUAUUACAUUUCUGGUUAAUAAGGGCUUUCAUUAGAAAAUACUUUUUGGUUCAAUAUGAUUAAUGGAAAUCUUUUUAAAAUAUAGUGAUAUUUUCGCAGUCUUAGCCUCAGUCAUCAUUAUGAACAACAACAUACAUAAUGAUACAAAAUCAACAAUUUUGUCACUAAUUAGGUCAACUAAGAUAAGUCACCUGAUUAAGCUAAUAAAUACCAGACACCUAUUGGUUAUUAAAAACUCUCAAUGGAGCAAAGAAUAUACUUAACAUGAUAAAAGUUCUCAAUCAUGAUUCAACAGAGAAGUACUAGAGAUAAAACAAAAUAAAGACACUAGCCAUCACUAACAUGAUUCUGGAAGUCAAAAGUCAUGGGAGUACACACACACACACACACACACACACACUCUUACACUUUAGGACCCAUCUUAUAAUAUUCUGUUCCUUCAAAAAGAAUCUUUUUUUAAAUAUUAUAGAUUUGCUUGUUGGGUUUUACAUAUCAGUGUCUUACUGGAUUUACAUUUCUGUUUCUUAAGAAUUUACCAUUUUCCUGGAGUUCAGUAUAUUUUAAGCCAAAACUAGUAUUUGUUUAGUUUUUUUGCUUAGAAGUGGUGCUUCCUUUAAAAAUAUUCUCCAUGGUUGUGAAAAGAGAAAAGAUUAUUGAAAGAGUCAGAAAAUGUAUACUAGGAUAGCAUUUCUCAGAAUCCUUGAAUUCUCCUGAUUUCUUAAAAAAAAAGCCUCUCCAUUAAUCUCUCAAACUCCUAUAAUAGCCAUAGGGUAACAAAACCUAGCUUGGAAAUAUAGAUAUAACACAUAAAAUGAUAAAGUGAAAAUAUAAAGAAACUUGAGGGUGAGGAUCUGGAAAAUAUUGGCAGCAAAUUGCAACACACUGUAUGUACCGUCAGUUUCAAAGACCCAGUUUUCUGGGGUUUUUUUCUAGACAAGCACUUUAUCAUUUAUACAUUUUAAAAAUAAAAGAGUGACAUAUUUAUUUUAGGAAUGAAUAAAACACUAAGUCCACAGCAGCAUUAAAUUAAAGAAUAUCACUGAAAUUCCCAGUAAGAUCCAACUUGUUCUGUGCUGGGGCUAUAGCUUAGAGGCCGAUCACUUUUUGACUAUAAAUAAGGGCCUCAGUUCAAUCUCCAGCAAACUCCAGCGCGCGCGCGCGCACACACACACACACACACACACACACCAUUUAACCUGUUGUAUAUCAGGGUUUCUCAACAGCAGCACUAUUAGCACAAAAUUCUUUCUUUUGGGGGAACUGUCCUGUGUAUUAUAGGAUGUUUGCAACACUAUUACCAGUAGGAACUCCUAGUAAUGGCAAUCAAAAAUGUCUCCUGCCAUUGCCAAAAUUGCUCCAAGUUGAGAGCCACUAUUAUACAUCAUUUAAAGAAACAGAUUGUGAAACAUGUGAUACAUGUCUCAUAUAAAAAUGAAUGUCAUAAGUACAUAUUGUCUUAGCAAGGUAAAUUAUUAUACCCAAAAUUACAUGUGUGGUUCAUAAGCAAUAAAAUACAGUUUUGAGGAACACUUUAUGAAUCAUUGAAAAAAUAUAGCAUAUUUUAAAGCACACUAAGAAAAUAUCAAAAAGGACACUGUAGCAUUUCACAAUAGAAGUGCUUAAAACACUAGCUUCAUUAAAUAGAUCAAAAGUUUAUAUAAUUAGCACAUCCUUUGGAAGUAAACAGGUACUUCUAUUUACUGAAGUGCUUAAAAAGACCAGAUUAUUCUAAGCAGUUUACAUGUCCUUACAAAAUUGUUUUUAUAAGCCCUUUCUUAAUGCAAGGUAACUUUAUCCCAGAAGCUCCUGACUAGUAGAAUCCAAAUUAAUGAGGUUUUACUGUAUCGAAAUUAUUUUGUAAUUCAAAGAGACAGCAAUAACAAGAAUCUAGUGUGGAUGUGAUUUUUCUCUUUGAACAUCUGUGUUCUGUUGCACUGACCUUGGCAUACACACACGCACAUGUACACACGCACACACGCACUCACGCACUCACCACCACCAUCUCAUCGUUAUCAUCAUCUUAGGAAAAUGAGUACAGUUGAUCCAUGUAAUUUUUUGCAUCUUCUCUGCUCUCCUGUGUCUUGGAACUUAAGAAAAAUAUUCCUAGUAACUUAUACAAAGAUACAGAAGAUGACCCUGAGCCUUGGUUACCAUCAAAAUUGAAAACUGCAUUGUAUCUGCUAAGGUAGCGUCAGAAGAUAAGACUUAACAAACUACAGUCUUGACAAGUUGACUUUACCUUCCUACGACUUCCUCAAGACAUAAACCCUUUUUAAUGUUCCAGCAGAAAAUGAGCCUUUCCAUUCUAUUUGUCAAUGAGAAGAUGGAAGUAUUUGUUUCCCAGUUCUAAGAAUAAUGUGAGCAAUAAUUUUCCAUUUUUCUUGCACUUUGGAGGGAGAAUGAAUGAUUUAUCAUUUAUUUUAAUCCCCUUUAAAAACAGUACUGCUGACUUUGUUUCCUUCAUUGAGCUCCAGACUUAGUGCUCCAGUCACCAUCAGGGUCACUGUGGCUUUGGUAGGACAGUGACAGAGCUAAGUGAGAUGUUUUCAAGUAAUUCAGUCAUAAAGACAAUCUUUUUCAAUCUAUCGGAAUUGAUUCUCAAUAAGUCAAAUCCAGGCCUAGGCCUGUACCCACAAAAUUUUUAAGGAAUCAAAGGAAAAAAAUUCCUUUUUAUACAGUACAUAUAUGCAGUUUUAAAGGUACCCAUUAUCUACAUGACUCUGGGAGAGAAAAGAGUAAGAAUAGAUCUGAAAUUAGUUGAAGAAGAUUAAGGUAGGUUAUUUAACAUAUUUGACCAUAAAAUGUUUGGACAGAGGAAAAGAUGAAACUGGUUGGAAGAGUAAAUGAAAAAUCAUCUCUUUGGUUUAGGAUUAUUGGACGACCCAGAGUAUAUCUAAAUGACCACAAGCUGCCCCAUAGGAAAAAAGAAUACUAUGCCCUGAACACAUUGAUUAGGAGAGGACAAUGCCCAAAGGAGUCAGCAGGUCAUAUCAGGUCUUGCUCUCUGCAUUAGGAGAAAUGUAAUAGCCUUCACAGCUUCUUCACCUGUCUUCUUCACCCAACUCCAUUUUUAGAUGUGUACUAUUUCAUGUGCACAGUGCUCUAAGUGUCACAAAUAGUGGUCAUGGGCUUAGAUUGAGCACCAUCUCUAACAUGUACCAUUCCAGAGGGCAUCGUUGUCAACAGAAUGAGUUAAGUGUGCAUAUUUGCAAACCACAUAGCCCUGAGUGAAAGAAAUUCAGAGUAGGUAAGGUCUAACUUGGAAAAGGAGGAGGAAGUGCUAUUGUGGUGCAUGAGUGUGUGGGGAGGGACAUGGAUCCUGAGGAAAGCGGGAGAGGUUUUGAUGGGGAACAGAAGCACAGACAAAUACCUUUAUUUAUAUAUUUAUCUAGAGGAGGAUCCUCAAACUUGGCUGUACAUAAUAAUUACUUGAUAUUUUAAAAUUCCCAAUUAUAUCAAAAUUGCUUGGAGUAGGAACCAGACAUCAGUAUUUUUGAAAGCACCCAGUGUGGCUCCAGUGUCCAGCCACAGUUGCUAACUACUACGUUAUGACUAGCGUUAUGACCAUCGAAGGAAGACAUGUUUGUCUUCCUUUUCCAGUGUCCCAGCCUUCCAGUGUCUGGGAAAGCAGAUGUAAGAGAUACAAUAUUAACUGGAUUGAUAACUUUUUCUGUGCCUCUCACAGAAUAAAAGUAUGUGUGAAUUUCUGACUAGGCAGUGACCCAUUACCUCUUAAUAAUUCUAUUAUAUUCUCAUAUGUGACUUGCCCAUAAAUUAUUUCACUUCAAACAUACCAAGUUUUUGAUUGUCUUCUACAUGUGACAAAACAAAAUACCAGAAAUAUCAUGGUAAAUUAAACAGCAUGUGAAGCUAAAUGGAUUCUCAAUGUUUGGACAAUAGAAGUUCUCAAAGUAAUCAUUAUUAAAUCGGGUCCAAAUUUAUUAUUCAUUCUUCUUUUGGAGGAGACAUGGGUACCAGGUACCUGUUCUGCUAUAGGUAUAUUUUAUUGGACUUGAUUUAAACAAAAAGGAAAAACAACUCUUCCUUCUUGAUUGUUGUCUCAAUCAAAAGCUCCCAGGGCCACUUAGAUUUAUUUUCUUGGUUAUUAUGUAUUUAAAUGGAAAAGAAUGCCUGUAAUUUACUAUCUGACCUCCAGUGGCCUCAAAAGCACUUAUACAUUCAAAAAGGAGAGCCCAGCCUAUCAAGGGCAAUAACACAUAGUGAGAAAAAAUUCCGAGUCAUCUCCUCUUAACACUGCUUCUCCUCUGGUUUGGGCCCACCCUUCUCACCUGCAAAGCCAGAAAAUAAACUUGGUGGUGGUUUUGGGCAAUUGUACACAGGAUCAAAAUUAUAACCUAUAAUUUUUAGUACUUAAUUAUGUGAUGUUUUAUUCUAGGAAAUAAGAAACAGAUGACACCAUUGAUGUAUCUUUCAUCUUCAGAAUUUUUGCAUCUUUUCAGAAAAUGACAAAUUACUAUUUUUCUGUUGCACUCAGCAAUUGUGACUAUACUUAAAAUUCUUGUAGUCUGUAGAGAUAUCAAUAAAAUUGUAUAUGUUUGUACAUAGAUGCUCUCUUAUGUCAUGAUGUCAUGCACCACUAGAGAUUUUUGCCAAGAUUAAAUAUGGGCAAAGGUAAGACAUUUGCAAACACUGAACUAUGGUUUUGCAAAGUAUAAAUGUUUUUAAAAGGCAGGGAGUGAGUACAAGAGCAUAUUUAUUUGAACUGAAAAAGAUAAAGAAAAAAAAACUAAAUCCAGGUCUCCAAACCUAAUAGAUUUUAAUAGAAUUUAUUAAUCCAAAAGUCUAAAAAUAGCCAUUCAAAUUUUGUAUCAAAUUAGAUGUGUAACUCUUUGUUGGGAAACUUAAAAAAACUUUUGAGGAUUUUGAAUAAAUUCCAUCUCUGGAGAUACAAGUGAAAAUAAAUUUAGUAAUAGUACAGCAUAAGAAACAAAGGUAAAGUAAGAAAUACUUACAUACUCAACAUGCAGACCUUUAACUUCCUGGCUUCUUUUCUGCUCCAACAGAAAAAAAAAAAAAAAAAAAAAAAACAAGCUAUGGGUGUCUACUGCCACCUAGUGGUCACGAUGAGCAUUCUUCAAAUUCAGACCCAGCAAUCCAGUGUGCUCUCCUGCUCCUCUGGCUUUCCUCAGCUACUUAGUUCCUCUUUGGGAUUUUCUUUAUAUUUACACUGUAGCCUUAACACACUAACCUUUUUCUUCAAAAUCCUUUCUACUUGUCUCAGGAAAUUUUCCCCACUACCACAAUUUUCCUCUUCAUAUUGCUUCCAUAUAAAAAUUGAAAAAGUAACCAACCCACCCCCCCCAAAAAAUGUGAGGUUUCUGUUUGUUUUGUGCUGGGGGUUGAAUCCAGGAACACUUUAACUCUGAGUUAAGUCUCCAGCCCAUUUUAUUUGUUUAUUUUGAGGCGGGGUCUCACUAAGUUGUUAGGGCCUCAUUAAAUUGCUGAAAUAGCCCUCAAAUUUAUGAGAUCUCCCUGCAGCAGCCUCCUGAUUCUACAGGAACUAUAGGGUGUACUACCCCACCCAUCUUUUUAAAAAAGUGUUUUUAAUUAAAAGAAGAAAUAUAAAGACAGAUCCUUUAAACUACAAACACUAGUCUUCCUUUCAGAGUUUUCUAAAAAAAAAGGACCAAUUUAGUUCCUCAUCUUUCAAUUACAAUCACGCAGGCUUCACAAACCUACAUUCAAUCUUUGAAAUACUGAUUUACUUCCUUCAUCCUUCCCUUGUCCUUCCUCCUUUAACUGCCAGACUCCACCCCUCUCCUUCCAUUCAUUCAAUUCAGAAGUCUACAACACAGGGUGGGGCUGGCACGUUGACAACAGCCUGCUACAACAACUGAUGCCACGGGGCAAGGUGAGAGGAACAGAGAGGACAGUCUUUUAGGUGGGCAGUAAUGGUGAGGAUGAGGCCCCCACAGAGGCAGGGCAGAAGACAGCACAGGGAGACUACGAGAUGGGUUUAUACGAAGGACUGAGCAAUUAAGUAAAGAUAUUAUAGGUAUGGGGGCCAGGUUUCUUGCUGAUGGAGAAUAGAGAAGGAAAUAAAAUUAAAAUGGAAAGCUAGACCUCUUAUAAGUUCUAUUGCACAGCAAAGUGAUUAAAGUUGAUUCUAAUGUGUUGUGUAUUUUAAAAGACCUGGAGGAGAUUUUUAAAUGUUCUCACCACCAAGAAGUGAUAGUUUAGUGAUAGCCAUGCUAAUUAGCCUGAUUUCAUCAUUCCAUAAUGCGUAUGUAUUAAAACAUCAAACUGUAUCCCAUAAAUAUACAUACAUAUAUAUAGUUUAUUAAAAAUAAUAAAACUUUUUGGAAACAAAGCUGGAAUAACCCUGUAGUACUGAAUUGGAAUUGGAGAGAUCUGUGUGAAUUAUGCGUAUAUGUGUGUGUGCGUAUAUCUUUAUAUAGGUAGAUACAGAUGUAGAUAUACUUACAUAGUUUACAAAUAUACAUGUGGAGCAGUAUGUGUGUGUGUGUCUUUGUACAUAUAUAUUUCCUAAUUCUAAACAAUGAGUAGACUAGGAGCAAUGCAUAGCCUGGGAAGCAAUGAGCACAACUAUUGCCUAGAUUUUGAUUUCCAUAUACUCUUACCUGCUAAACAAACUGGAGCUCCUUGAAGAAAUGGCUGAUCUCAACGUUUGGACAUACUUCUGUGCCAGAAAAAUUAAGUAUUUGACAAAAAAAUGGGAACAUCAAAAAGAGAAGCCUACUUGAAAGGGCCUACACAGACCAAGUCAAGGGUAAUUUGAGCAUCAAAAGCAAUGAUAGUAAUUAAAUAAAAUAGGUACUCAUGAAUCCACACUGAUAUAGUAAUAAGUAGGAAGAAGGGAAAUCUCAUUCUUAGAAUAUCAACGAAUAAAUGUCAAUGUAAUUUUUAAAUUACCAUUUGAUAACGAAUGUAGUAAUAAUUUGGACAACAAAUACCAGUAAAUGCUAAAACUAGUGGAGGAAAGUGGGUGGAAGAAUAGGAUAAUUUGAAGUCCCAAAGCAUCCUCUAAAAUAAUAUUUGUUAAUGAUAAAGAAAAAUGUAAUUUUACACUAAAGAAACCUGGCAGACACCAUGUUAACCAAGCCAUGAAAGUCCUACUACCUUUAAUUAAGACAGAUCAACAUCAUGUUCUGCCUGUGAGAAGAACACAGCAUCACCGCUGCAAUAUUCCUGCUGAAAUCAUAAAGUUGGUCUAAUUCUGAGGAAAUAAGAGACGAAACUUGAGUAACAUUCUAUAAAAUGACUGCCUUGUAUUAAAAAUGUUCAAUGUCAUAAAAAUCAAGGAAAGAUGAAUACUCUGGAUUUAAGAAGAUGAGAAACAUAAUUGCAUGCAACGUGUGAUCUCGGAUUGGGCCAAUUUGC